AUGAAAGUGUUAAGCAGCUGUAAUACUUCAAAGACACUAAAUGCUGGGAACAUGGAGAGUUUGAUUGAGUGCCAGUCGGAGGCUGAUGCCAAGAAAUGCCCCCCGCUGGUCCUGGCAGAUGCUGAAGAUGGACCUUGCCACUCAGCUGCAGAUGGAACAAAGAAAAGAAAGAAGGUGGUAUCGCAAUCCUUUACACUGAGGCGAAGCUCUACCAAUGGGAGUUUCCUGGGGCAGCUAGACUCAGGUGUGAAAAUUGCCCUGUUUGGCCAGCCUCUGGCAAUUAUCUGUGGAGAAGAUGACACAUUGCCCCAGGCCAUCCAGGAUCUCCUAGCUAUAUUGUAUGUGAAAGGACCUUCCACUGAAGGUAUAUUCAGAAAAGCUGCCAAUGAGAAAGCACGAAAGGAGUUGAAGGAGGAUCUAAACAAAGGUGGAAAUGUUGAUUUGAAAAGCAAAUCUGUGCACCUGCUGGCAGUGGUCUUGAAGGACUUCCUCCGCAAUAUUCCCUCAAAACUCCUGUCAGCUGACCUCUAUGAGAAGUGGAUGCAAGCUCUGGAGAAGCCAAGCAAGCAGGAGAAAAUUGAAGAAAUGAAAGU